AUGGUCGACAGAAACGGCGGAUUUCGACGAGCGAUGCUGAUCGCGGCGUCAUUGAUGGGAGGCGGAGCUGCUGCUGCUGGCGCCGCUUCUACCUCCAAUGCGGCCAUGGCGGAAGAUCUUACCGCUUCAGCUGGACCCACGUUGGCGUCUGCAACAGAAUCUGACUCAGAAUCAGAUCUUAACUCAGGAUACGCUCUGCCGCCAGCGGAGAUCCUGUCCAUCGUGGAUGCGCCGCCCAAUCCCUCGCUGUCGUUUAGUCCGAAGCGGGAGAGGGUACUGUUCAUGCACCGACCCUCUCUGACACCCAUUUCCGAGCUGGCUCGGCCGGAGCUGAAGCUGGCUGGGGUGAGGAUCGACCCCGAAGCUCACAGCCGCAGCAGAAUGUCGUUCUACACGGGAGUGAGCAUCCACAGGGUGAAUGGCGACGACACACUCGGGGAUUCGGUGGACAUAACAGGGCUGCCCCCCGCCAGCAAGAUCAACUUCCUCUCCUGGUCACCAGACGGGCAGCACUUGGCGUUCACAGUGCGCGGCGACGGCGAGGAGGGCGACAAUGGCGAGAAGCAGGCAGGCCGCCAGCUGUCACUCUGGGUGGCUGACGUGGCGACGGGCAAGGCGAGGCAGCUGCUGGGGCCGCCGCAUGCCGCCAUCAACGCCGUCUUCGACUCCUACGCGUGGCUUGACGGCAGCACGCUCAUCGCGAGCAUCAUCCCGCCCGGCCACCCGCCACUGCCCACGCGCCCAGCAGUCCCUCCCGGCCCCAAGAUCUCAGACAACCAGGGCGGUGUGGCGGCGCAGUCACGCACGUUCACAGAUCUGCUCAAAGACGAGUUUGACGCUCGCCUGCUGGAACACUUUGCACUCUCGCAGAUCGUCAGGAUUGAUAUCAAUGACCCCGAGGGAUCGAUGAAGCCCAUUGGCCCACCGGACAUGUACAUGUCGGUGGAGCCAUCACACGACGGCAAGUACCUGCUGGUGGAGCGCAUGUGCCGCCCCUUCUCCUUCGAGGUGCCGUGUGGCCGCUUCCCCCGCCGCGUGGAGGUGUGGCGCAGCGACUCUGGUGACCUGCUGCAGCUGGUGGCGGACCUACCACUGGCGGACAACAUCCCCGUGACCUUCAACUCCGUCAGGACAGGCCGCCGCAGCAUCAACUGGCGUCCUGACGUGCCCAACCGCCUCUACUGGGUGGAGACGCAGGACGGGGGAGAUGCCAAGGUGGACGCCUCUCCGCGGGACAUCGUGUACACACUGCCAGCUGACCCUGCACCCGGUCAGCAGCCGCAGGAGCUCUGCCGCCUCGACCUGCGCUACGGAGGCAUCACGUGGGGUGAUGAGGGUCUGGCACUUGUCUAUGAGAGCUGGUUCAAGACUCGCCGGACCCGAACCUGGGCCAUUGCCCCGGGCGGUGCCGCCGGACCUCUUCCCCCAGACCAGCGUCCCCCGCCGAAGCUCAUCUUCAACCGGUCCUACGAGGACCGGUACUCCGACCCUGGCGGCCCGCUCCUGCGCCGAACCAGCAUGGGGACCUACGUUCUAGCUCAGGUUCGGAUGCCAGAUGGCGCGCUGCGAUUGCUGCUAGCCGGGGACGGCGCGAGCCCGGAGGGCAACGUGCCGUUCCUUGACCUGUUUGACUGGAAGACGGGGGAGAAGGAGCGUGUGUGGCGCAGCGAUACGGAGAAGUACUUUGAGACCAUGUACUCGCUGCUGGGCGACCAGGAGGAGGGACCCAUUGACCUCAACGACCUGAAGCUCAUUCUAUCCCGCGAGUCGAAAGACGAUCCGCCACAGUCGUUAGUCAGGAGGUGGGCGGACGGGUCAGAGGUGCAGCUGACGAACUUCCCCCACCCCUACCCAUCCCUCCGCGGCCUCUCCAAGGAGAUCAUCCGCUACACGCGAUCCGACGGUGUGCAGCUCACGGCCAAGCUCUUCCUGCCGCCCGGCUACAACCCCGCUACAGACGGCCCGCUGCCCACGGUGCUGUGGGCGUACCCCAGGGAGUACAAGAGCAAGGAGGCCGCCGGCCAGGUGCAGGGCUCACCUAAUCAAUUCCCGGGGAUUGGGGCGUCUUCACCGCUGCUCUUCCUUGCUAGAGGCUACGCGGUGCUGAGUGGCCCAUCAAUGCCCAUAAUUGGGCAGGGAGAGGUGGAGGCGAACGAUCGGUUCGUGGAGCAGCUGGUGUCGAGUGCAGAGGCGGCGGUGGAUGAGGUGGUGGGGCGCGGCGUGGCACAGCGGGACAGGAUCGCGAUUGGAGGUCACUCGUAUGGGGCGUUCAUGGCUGCUAACCUGCUUGCGCACGCGCCGCACCUGUUUGCGUGUGCGAUCGCUCAGAGCGGCGCGUACAACCGCACGCUCACGCCCUUCUCCUUCCAGUCGGAGGAGCGCACGCUGUGGCAGGUGCCCGAGGUGUACAUGACAAUGAGCCCCUUCCUGGCCGCCGACCGCAUCAAGUCGCCCAUUCUGCUCGUGCACGGCCAGGACGACAACAACACCGGCACCUUCCCCAUGCAGACGGAGCGAUUCUUCGCAGCACUCAAGGGCCAUGGUGUAACCACCCGCAUGGUGCUGUUACCGCACGAGGGACAUGGUUACCGCGCGCGUGAGUCGCUGUUACACGUGCUUGCAGAGCAGUCCAACUGGCUUGACAGGUAUUGCAAGAACCGGCCUGCACCGGCAGCAAAGGAGGAUGAAGCAGCUCUAAGCGCCUUGGCUCAACCGACAUCAGCCAUGGCAGCGUCGCGCGCUCUGCCUGUCGCAACAGUCGCUACUCUCGGAGCCACCGCGUUCGUCUCUCCACGGGCUGGCAGCUCAUUGCGUCCCUCUCCGCGUGUCGGCUUCCCAUUGCGCCGCCGCGCGGCAACUAUCGCGCUGCGCUGCUCCGCCUCUUCGUUCCGCCGCGUCUCAUCUGCCUCAUCUCUUUCCGCCUCCCCUUUCCGCCGCAUCUCCUCCGCCUCCUCCCUUUCCGCGUUGUCCUCAUCCUCCGCUCUCUCCGCAUACACAGCUUUAAGCAUCGCGCCUCUCUCCCACGCCCGCUCUCACAGACCCUUCCUCGCCUCUCCUCGCCGGAAAUUCCAGGGAGCGCGUCUCCUGACCGUACGCGCUGCGGCCCAAUCCGGGGUCACUAAUACCGGCGGUGCGACGGAGCAGUCACCUAAGGCGCUCCAACGGCAAGGGUCGCUGGGCGUGUGCGACGAGAAACCGUCGCCGCAGUCGUCACUGACCAUCGAACGGCAGGGAUCGCUCCAGGUGCCCACAGAUGAAACCGACACUCUCCCCCCGCCGUCCGUUGCUCCCAUCUCCGUGCCCGAGCCGCUCGACGAGGGCCUCAUCGAGCCGUCGAGCCCGCGCGCCUCGGAAACUGGCGUCGACCGCAUCGAGUCGCAGGCGCGAACGACGCUCUCGAAGCUUAAGCACAUUCUUUAUAAGAUAAAGACGCGGGCAGCUGAAGUUGAGACGUCGGUAACCGUCUAUCCACCUACAGCGGGAGAUGCGGCGGGUAUUCCCGGUGUUGCUGCCGGGAAUACGGAUAGUGUAUCAGACAAUAGAGAAAACGAAUUACAAUUUGAUGUCGAUGCGAAUGGCGGUAAGGUGGAGGAGGAACAGCAAGUCUUCGUUUCACAGCAGAUCAAACUCGACCUUGGGAGCAUCCCAACCGUUGAUCUAGACGUUCCGAUUGACAUCGACGCAUCCUCGCCGCCGGAUGCAUCCUCAGUCCCUCUCUCUCCCUCGUCCUUUUCAGCCCAGAGCCUCUCCACCCUUUUCUCGGGUUUCUCUCCUUCCGGAAGUGCCGCCAGAAUUCCCGCAAGCGAGCAGCAGCUCGACGUGCAGCAGAUGGACGCGCUGACGUGUACUCGCGCCUCGAUUCGGUUCGACGAGGAAACGCAAACGGCGGUCGUGACUGUAACGGCGUCUGUCCGAGCGGCGGACCUGGUGGACCGUGCCGCGUACACGGAGCGCACUAUGGCAAUGGCGACGCGCGCUAUAGCGCGUACGUGCCUCGUGUUGGACCAAAAGGCGCAGCGCAAAGCAGCAGAAGCCGUCUCAUCCGCGGCCCAACAGUCACUGGUGCCCGCGCCAACUGCCGCCUCCGUAGCGCAGCAGCCGACUGACUCCCUACUAACACCGCAAAUUACGCCGGAAAAGGCGGAGGAUCAGGUGCUGACGCAGGAGCAGAGGGAGCAGGAGAGGGAGCUAGUGGACCUGCUAUCGACGGGCAGGAUCGUCAGCUGGAGGAUGGCGGGCCGCGAGCUCGGAUCCACGCCGUUCCGUCCGCUCUACGUGGUCAAUCUCGCGGCCGGCGACGGGGCUGACGGCGAGAAGACGGUGCAGGCGCUGUACCGGCCCGUGGUUGGCGGCGACGCGAGGUUGCGAUUCCAGCGCGCCCCUGCGGAGUGGGUCGCGUACAAGCUCUCCCGCGUGCUGGGGGUGGACGUGGUGCCGCCAGUGGCGGUGCGACAGGGCGUGCAGCUGGGGUCGCGGCGGUUCGCGCAGGGCACCAUGACGCUGCUGCCGCACCUCCUGCACCCUCUCUCCUCCGUACACCCCUCCCUCAUAAAUCAUCCCCACCCUCCCCUUCCGCCCUCCUUCCAGCGCCUGCGUGCGCCCACCCAGGCGCACACGGUGAUCAGCAGCAUCCGCAUUCUCGAUGCCCUCAUGGGCUCCUCCCUCCGCCGCCCCUCCGGCUUCUUCGCCGCCCAGCACUGGUCCGGGGACGGCAAGCUUUCGCCCGUAGUGCUCUCGCACCCCAUGGGCCCCUCGCUCGGCGCCGGCCUGCACGCCAUGUGGUCCAAGCGCGGCACGGGAGUGGGCGGCAGACUGAAGACGGUGGCGGGUUUUGUCCUGACUCGCCUGAGGAGAAUGAAUCGCGCGCAGCUGCUGGAGGAGAUGGGUGGCGCACUGACGGCGGGGGAGAUGGAGAGGGUGUUGGACAAGCGGGACCAGAUGGUGGGGUAUUUCGAUGCACUCUCUGCUAAGAUGGGGCACCAGGCAGUUGUCAGUUAUGCAGCGGAUAAGGUGGUGGUGAUUGGGGCCCACCUGACGGACCACCUGACGGACCACCUGGAGCGUGCGGCACGGCGUCACCCGGACCUGGACCACGUGGACCUCCAGACCACAUGUCACCUGGUCCUGGUCCACGUGGACCUUCCGGACCGGGCUCUCUCGGGUUCGCGCCACGUGGACCUCCUGGACAUGUGCCACCUGGCAUGCCGUUUCCACGUGGGAUGGGCUCGCCUGGGCCGCGGUUUCCCGGUCCGUCGCAUCCCCCCCAUCCGCCGCAUUCUCCUUUUUCUCCGCAAUCCGCCCAUGGCGCUUAUGCAAGACCCCCUCCGCCCUACGGGGGAGGCCCUCCGCAGAACCCGCACGGGGGCUUUCCGCCAGGCCCGCCCGAAGGAGUUCCGCCAGCCGGGGGGGCGCCGCCUUGGGGAGCAGCCGCCGCCGCAUGCCCCGCAUCCGCCGCCGCAGCAGCAACAGUCGCCGCAGCAGCCAGCGCGCGCGGUGCCGGGCGUGUGGCACGUGACGGCAGUGGCGGACGGCGCGCCGCCCCCCGCGGCAGAGAUGCGCGCGCAGGGGCCGGGGAUGCCGCCGGGGCCUCACCACCCGCCGUACCCCGCGCAGGGAAUGGCGCACGGCCCAGCAGCGCCCCAUGCGCCGCAGUACCCCGCGCUUCCGGGGUCCGCCCCACCCCACCCCCUGCCUCACGCUCCCCCUUCGCCUUUUGCGCCUCCUCCGGCUUUUGCGCCUCCCGUUCCCCACGGCGCUCCCCCGGCUCCAGCUGCCGCGCAGCAAGGGUUUUACCCGGGGGGAGCGCCGCCGCUGCUCACUCCCGGCCCCCCUCCUCCGCCGCUCCCCGCCGGAGCAGCAGCGGCGGGUGGAGUAGCCGGAGAAAUACCAAACGCUCCCCCCACCCCUCCCGCCGCCAUCACCUUAAGGCCCAACCCCCCGCUCGCGCCGCAGCCCCCACUUCCCCCCGCGUGGCUGCAGGCGGCCGCCGCCAUGGCGGCUGUGAUCUCCGGCGGCGGCCCCCCGCUCCCCGCGGGGGAAGAGCUCCCCUGGGAGAAGGGCGGAAAGAAGGGCGCGGGGAAAGGCGCAGGCGGAGGGGUGAAGGGGGGGAAGAAGUCGAGGUGGGACCGGGAGGCGCAGGGGAAAGUGGAGGAGAAGGUGGAGGAAAAGGAGGAGGAGAAGGAGAAAGGGAAGGAAGGCGGGGGAGCGGAAGAAGGUGGUGGGGACAAGGAGGGGGGAGAGGGGGAUGAGAAGGGAGGAGUGGGGAAGCAAGGAGAGGGGAAUGAGGAAGCAACCAAGGAGAAAGAGGGGGAGGGAAAGGAGGGAAAGGAGGGAAAGGAGGUAAAGGAGGGGAAGGAAGAGAAGAAGGAGGAGGAGGCGGAGGAGGGAGUGGAGGCGUGGACGGCGCAUAAGACGGAGGAGGGCACGGUGUAUUAUUACAACACUGUCACCGGCCGCUCCACCUACCACAAGCCUAAAGGCUUCAAGCUGCAGGAGGACAAGGUGGAGAAGCAGCCCACUCCCGUCGCAUGGGAGCGAGUGCAGGGCACGGACUGGGCGCUGGUGUCAACGAGUGAUGGCAAGAAGUACUUUUACAACACCGCCACGCAGGACACGAGCUGGCAGGUGCCGGGGGAGGUGCAGGAGGUGCGGAAGAGGCAGGAGGCGGAGGAGGAGGAGCGGGCGCGCGCCGCCAGCAAGCUCUCCUUCUCGCUGGCAGGGCGGGGGGGCGCGGGGGCGGCGGGCAAGGCAGGCGCAGCAGCAGCGGGGAAGGCGACGGCGCUGGAGGUGGUGAAGAAGAAGCUGCAGGUGAUUGCUGGGGGGGGGGGGGGGGGGAGGGCGGGUGGUAGAUUAGGGUUGAAGGUGGGCGCAGCAGCAUUGGGGAAGGUGACGGCGCUGGAGGUGGUGAAGCUGCAGGUGAUUGGGGGAUGGGGGAGGAGGGGGAGGGCGGGUGGUAGAUUAGGGUUGAAGGCGGGCGCAGCAGCAUUGGGGAAGGCGACGGCGCUGGAGGUGGUGAAGAAGAAGCUGCAGGUGGGGGGAAGGGGGACGGGGAGAGGGGGAGGGUGGAGGGACGCGGACAAGGAGAUGAAGGCGGGCGUAGCAGCAGCUGCUGCUGCUGGCGUGGCUGCUCCAACUGCUGCUGCUGCUGCGACGACCAAGAGUGGAAAGGGCAGUGCAGGAGCACAGGGUGGGGAUGGGAAGGAGGUCAAGGGAGUCAAGGCAGUCAAUGGGGAGAAGGAGGGCGAAGAAGGCAAGGACGGGGGAGAGGAUGGUGGAGGGGAGAGGGAAGGUGGUGGAGACGUGGCACAGGGCAAGGAAGGGGAGGGGAAGGAGGGCGGGGAAAAGGGCGGUGGGGAGAAGGAGGGUGAGGAGAAGGGGAGUGAGGAGAAGGGCGGGGCGGAGGUUCCACUGGAAGACCUGAGCUUGGAAGAGAGGGCGAUGAAGUUUCGUGAGAUGUUGAAGGAGAAGGGAGUGGCGCCAUUCUCCAAGUGGGAGAAAGAGCUGCCCAAACUCAUCUUCGACGCGCGCUACAAGGCCAUCCCAUCACUGCCAGAGCGGCGGGCCAUAUUUGAGGAGUUUGUGCGCACGCGGGCGACGGCGGAGCGCAAGGAGAAGCGGUCGGCACACAAGGCGGCUGUGGAGGCGUUCAAAGUCUUGCUGGAUGAGAUGGAGGAGAGCGGGGACCUGACACAUGAGUCAACGGUGGAAACGCUACAGGGCGAUGGCAAGUGGGGCUCUGACCCGCGCCUGCUGGCCGCAGCGCUGGAGGACAAGGACCGCCUCGCACUCCUCAAUGAGCGGGUGGUGCCGCUGAAGCGGUUGGAGGAGGAGAGGCAGCAGCAGCGCAAGGAGGCGGCAGAAGAAGCGUUUGUGGAGAUGCUGAAAGAGUACCGUGGCAAGCGCUACAUCGCGCUCUCCUCCCGCUGGUCCAAGCUGCGGGAGGAGUUGAAGGAGGACGAGCGGUACAGUGCGGUGGAGCACUGGGAGGACCGCGAGCGGCUGUUUGACACGUUCAUGGACGGGCUGCAGCGCGAGGAGGAGGAGAAGGAGAGGGAGGCGCGCCGGCGAUGGGAGGAGGAGGAGCGGAAGCGCGAGCAGGAGCGGGAGGAGAAGAGGCUGCGGCAGCGCGAGGAGGAGAAGAAGGAGAGGGAGCGGGCGCGCGUGCGGCGCCGGGAGGCCAAGGAGGACUUUGAGGACCUGCUGCGCCGGGAGAUACAGACGCCCAAUAUAUCAUGGAUAGACGCGCGGGAGAAGCUGGAGGAGGACGAGGCGUCGUGCUAUUGGAACAAGGAGCUCACCAGCCGUGACCGCCAGGACCUCUUCUACGAACACAUGGCCCGCCUCAUCAAGCGCGUGCAGAGGGAGUUCCGCGAGCUACUGGAGGAGGGGCUCUCACGCGUGCAGCGAGAGUUCCGCGAGUUACUCGAGGAGGAGCUGUCAGUGGCCGCCAUCUCCGAGGCUCGCUUGUUGACUCGACUUCAAACAUCUCUCGUCCGCCCCCCCCUCCCCCCCCACUCUCUCUCCCCCCAACAGCGCGUGCAGCGAGAGUUUCGCGAGUUGCUCGAGGAGGAGCUGUCAGUGGCCGCCAUCUCCGAGGCUCGCGAGGACGGGCUGCGCCUCGCCUCCUCCUGGCCCGAUGCUAAGUCCGUGCUUCGGCACCAGGACCGGUACCGCGAUCUGGUUCGGCACGAGCGGGAGGAGCUGUGGCGCGAGCAUGUGAGGAGCCUGGAGGGGGAGUUGAGGGAGGCUGGGGUGAUUGAUGACGAGGGGCAGGAGGGGGAGCAUGGUGUGGAGGACGGGAGGCAAGGAGAGGAGAGCGGAGAGGAUGGAGGGGGGAGCGGUAGGGGAGAUAUGAACAAGGAAGGGAGCGAGAAGGAGAAGUGGGAGGAUGAUUUGAGGGGCGAGGUUGGGGAGACAGGCGGGGGGAUGGCUAGGCAGCCGGGGAAGGAGACGGGAGAGGAGGGUUCAGGUAGGGAGGGAGAACGAGGAGAGGACGAAGAGGAGGAGAAGAGUAAGAUGUCUGAGGGAAAGGAGAAGGAGAGAGGAAGGAAGAAGCGGGUUGAAGAUGGGGACGAGAAGGAAGAUGACGAGGAGGGGUGGGGUAAGGAGCACAAGCACAAGCACAGACACAGGGAGAAGCGAGAGGAAAGGCGCGCGGACAAGGAGAAGGAGAAAGAGAAGGAGAGGGAGAGGGAGAAGGAGAGGAAGAUGGAGAAGGAGAGGGAGAAGGAGAGGGAGAAGGAGAGGAAGAAAGAGAAGGAGAGAGAGAAAGAAAGGAAGAAGGAAAGGGAGAAGGAGAGGGAGAGGGAGAAGGAGAAGGAAAAGGAGAGGGAGAGGGAGAGGGAGAGGGAGAAGGAGAAGGAGAAGGAGAAGGAGAAGGAGAGGGAGAGGGAGAGGGAGAGGGAGAGGGAGAGAGAGAGGGAGAAGGAGAGGGAGAGGGAGAAGGAGAGGGAGAGGGAGAGGGAGAAGGAGAGGGAGAGGGAGAAGGAGAAAGAGAAGAAGAGGAAUAAAGGACGAGAUGAAGAGAGGGAUGUAAAACGCCGGUACCGGAAGAGGGAGGAUAGCGAGGAGAGUGGCAGGGAGGAGGAAGAGGAGAAGGAUGGGGGGGAGGAGACGGAUGAGAAGGCGAAACGGGGAAGGCGACAUGGGCAUGAGCACAAGCAUAGGCGUGAGGGGCGUGAGAGGGGGGAGGAGGAGGAGGAAGGGAAGAAGGAGAAGAGGCAAAGCGAGGGAGGGAAAAGGAAGGAGAGGGAGGGGAGGGAUGAGAGGAAGAAGAAGGGAAGGGAGAGGAGGCAGAGUAGUGAUGAGGAAGGGGGCCAUGGUGAGGACGAGGAGAGGCAAGGGACGCACCGAGGUGAAAUGAAAAGGGAGGGUCAUGGUGGACGGAAGAGGGAAAGGGAUGAUACGGAUAACGACAGUGCUGAUGAUGGCAGUGUGGAGAGGGUCAGGAGAAAGGGAGGUAGGGAGACGAGGAGGAAGGAUGAGAAGAGGGAUAGGCGGGGAGGUGAUGAGCGGGAUAGGAGGGGAGGAAACGAGAGGGAUGAUUCUGACGAUGACAGGAAGAGAGGACGGAGGGAGGAGAGUGAUGGGGACAGCGAUGGUGGAGCGAAGAGUAGGGGUAAAGGAAAGCACAUGGAUCGAGAUAGGGGCGACAGGGACAGCGGUAGGGCCGGAAGGCACGGCGAUCGGAGAGACGAAGAGUGGAAGAAGGGUAAGCGGAUGGAGAAAGGGCGAGGAGGCGUGUCAGAUGAUGAUGAGAGUGAUGGAGAGAAGAGCAGGAAGAAUCGGGAGGAGGAGAGGAGAGGCAAACACAGGUAUGUGAGGGAUGAGAGUGGUGGUGAGGAGGAAGAGUCUCGAAACACAGGGAAGGGGGUGAAGACUCCAGAGAAGAAAGGACGGAAGGAGAAAGCGAGAGAAGACAGUGUCGAGGAUGAGAAGAGGAAGCGAAGGGCGGACGGGUCAGACUCUAGUGGAGGAGACUCAGACAAGGGGAGUGGGGGUGGUGGGAAGCGGGGGAGUGGGAGGUCGAGGGGAGGUGGCAAAGUGAGUGACGAGGAGGGGGAGGAUGAAGAUGCGAGGAGGAUGAAGGAGAGACGGAGAAGGAAUGCGGUAGGAAAGGGACGGAAGCGAGGGAGAGGUGAUAGCCAGUCGGAUGAUAGCGAUGAGGAGAGGAGGAGGAAAGGCAGGAAGGAAGAAAGUGACAAGGAGAGAGAGGCUGGGAAGGCGAGAGGAAGGGAGGAGGAAGAAGAGUCGGAAAAGGAAAGAGCUGCUGCUCUCCGCUAUGGGCCUGAUACCCCUGAGAGCUCCCGUGGUGCUGCGGUGAGUGAUAGAGAGGAGAAGAAGAGUGGUGGGGAGGCGAUGAAGAGCGAUGGGGAAGGACAAAUGAGAGAUGAGGCAAGAGGCAAGAGAGAAAGGAGUCCGAGCAGUGAAAGGAGCGAGGAGUCGGAGGGGGGGGUUGGAGUGAGAAGGGCGAGUGAGGAGAGGCGAGGGAAGAAGGAGAAUAUUGAGGAUGGGAGUGAGGGGCGAGAUACUUCCAGGAAGAGGGAUGGGAGUGAGAGUAGGAGGGAGGGGGAGGAGAGCGGCCGAGAGGAGCAGGAGGAGAAGAGGAGAUUGGUGAAGGAGCGAGAGGAGAGCGAGCAGCGUGUUAGGGGGAAGGAGACGUCAGCUGGGAGCAGCAGUGAGGGCGACGAGGGGAGGAGCGCGAGGAGGAGUGGGGAUAGGCAUGUGGGGAGGGGGCGAGAUGUGGAGGAGGAGGAGAGCUCAAAGAAGCAUGAGAAGAAGCGGGAGGGCAGGGGCAGUGAGGGGAAGAAACGGGGCAGCCACUCAGAAGAGAAGGCGAGGCGGAAAGUGAAGGAGGAGAGUGGCAGCGAGAGGAGCGGGCGUGUGGAGAGUGAGAGGGACGGCAGUGAUGGGGAUGAGGGGAAGGAGGUCAGCAGUAGGUCUGAUAGGAAGGGUAGCAGCAGGAGGCAGGAGAAGCAGUCUCGUGGGAGGUAUGCGAAGGAGAGAGGUGAGAGGGCAGGGAGUGUUGGCAGCAGUGAUGGCAGCAGGGGGAGUGGAAGAGAGAGGUAUGAGGAAGGGAGCAGACGUAAGGCUGGUGCCAGUGGGUGGGAGUGGGAGAGGAGCAAAGAUAGGAAGGGAAGUGAGAGUGAGAGUGAUGGGGAUAGGCGCAGGGAGAGGGAGAAGCGCAGGCACAGUGGGAGGAAGAACAAGCGGGAGAGUGAUGAGACUGUGGCAGGAGCAGCUGUAGUUAUGGUUGGAGCAGGUGUGACAGCAGUGACAGUGGUUGGGAGAGGUGCAGGGCCGGUGUGUGUGCUCGUGUGGGAUGGUGGAGCAGCAGUGGUGGGAAGAGCGAGGUUGCAUUGGAAGGAGUCUCAUCUGGUGGGCUGGUUGGCAGAAGGGAGGGAAAAGAGGGAGGCGAAGGAGCAUGUGGAUUGGGUAGGUUGGUCUUAA